AUGGCAGAUGACAUAACUCGCGACCUUGUCGUUUAUAUUCAGUCUAUAAGUUACAGCGGAUCGACAUCUACCACUUUACUCUCAGAACCAAUCUCAAUCUUCAUUGAUUCAACUGAUCCACACCUCUGGCUUCCAGAGAGUGUUUGCGAUGCGUUCGAAGAAGCAUUUGAUCUUGAGCUUGACAACGAUAGUGAUUUGUAUCUAGUCAAUGAUACCCACCACACUGACUUACUCAACUCCAACGCCGAAGUUACCUUUCGCUUAUCUGAUGUGAGCUCUGGUGGAGAUACUGUCACGAUUACGCUUCCGUAUGAGGCAUUCGCGUUGACAGCCAAAUCCCCUUUGGUCGAUAAUACUAGCUAUUAUUUCCCAAUUAAGCGUGCUGCCAAUUCUACGCAAUACACACUGGGCCGAACAUUUCUACAAGAGGCCUAUUUAUCAGCUGACUAUGAGCGUGGUAUAUUCAAUGUGUCGGCAUGUGCAUGGACCGAAAAUGCAGAGCAAAAUAUUGUCACAGUCUCCUCCAAAACAUCAGACUCAUCGAGCUGCUCUCAGUCUUCAUGUUCAUCAUCUGCUAGCUCUGGAAGUGCUAGUUCACCACUCAGUCGUGGCGCAGUAGCUGGUAUCGCAAUCGCAGCUCUAGUUGGGGUCGUUGUUUUGGCAGUGGUGCUAUUCUUCUUCAUCCGUCGCCAGCGCCAAAAGAAUACAUACAAGGCGACACCACCUGAACCAGAUACAUCAGUUCUCUCUGGUCCUGUACAGAACCCUUUUCCUCCUGAACCAUCAUCCUCGUCGAACGACCCCUCCCCACCGCAGGGCAGCUUUUGGUCUCCUGAUACAAUUUUCCAAGGCAAUAGUGAAAGUUAUAAUGGGGGAAGUAGCGGCGAUGGUGUGCAAAACGAGAACAGUGUCAAUGAACAGGGGCUGGAGAUAGAUGGCCAUGAGGUUCACCCAGUUUAUCAUGAGCUUGGAGGAAUGGAGAUUGGGAAAUUAUCGGCUAAUCCAGCUCAUGCUGCUACGGAUGAGCAAAUCCGUAGACCUGAGACCUGA